UCCAGUGACUCCAGUACGGAGGCUUGACGUAGAGAACUGGGAAGGGGCGGGGCUUGUGGUUCGUGUUGAGUCUCCAGCGGACCUUCGACAGAAGCCGGUCUGUCCGUCUUUCAUUCAUCACCGGAACUGUGCAGCUCGUGCAUCAAGCCGCGAUCUCUCAUCCUGUCUCCUCCAGCGACCAGCGACGCCAAGUACACCACCGCCGACCAUCACCCCGCGGCGGGGCUGCGUGGGAAAAAUGACAUGGAUCCUGCUAUCGCGCAACAGAGUGGUAUGCUUAUGUGUUUGCGUCAGCAUGGAGCCUACUGGCAUGAAGCACUGGAGCCAAGGAUCUACCCAGGAGACAUGAAUGAUUUUGGUGUCCAUGUUCUCAUCACUUGACCAACAGGAUAAUCUACUGAAGACAUGUUGUUUCAAGAUGAAGAUUGAUACCAGCCUGACUAUGCCCCAGCUUCCAGAGGCCCUGUCCCAGGCAGGCCUUCAGUUUUCUGUGGCCACUGAGGAGGACUUUGAUGAGAUCAUGGCUAUGAGCCAGGACAUCUAUGGAGGCCUUGACUACCUGCCCACUAGAUACACCAGCUGGCUGCAGGAGACUAACCGCACAGUCAUAUUGGCCCGCAAACAGGGAAAAGUGAUUGCUCUGGAGUCGGUGUGUGUGAUUGACGAUGGGGAGACCAUGCUCGUGGAAGGUCUUCGUGUCGCCCCUCAGGAAAGGGGCAAGGGUGUGGCAGGAGUUUUGCUGCGCUUUUGCUCUGAGCUGGUCAAAUCCAAGCAUCCAGAGGUCAAAGUAACCCGCUUGACCCGUGAUGAUCAGCUUGGACCCAAGGAUUUCCAGAAGUAUCGCAUAAUAACCAAGCAGGGUAUUCUGCUGGUGCGCUUCAGAGCUGAAGACCUCAAGCUCCGUCUGUCUGAACUUGGUCUGGGUGGAGACAUCCAAUCCUCUUUGUCUACCUCCUCCUCCAUCCCUCCUCCAGUGCGUCUUGACCAUACAGCCAUCCACCGGCUGUAUCUGACCACUGACCUGAUGCAAGGAGUCCUUCCUAAUGCCACCAUCAUUCAAGACUGGCAGCCAUUCAAGCCUUUGCCCAGCAACAUGGCCAUCCUAUUGAAGAAGGACAUUGACUGGAUGGUGGAUGAUGUGUUCAACCCGACUGUGGCCAGCCUCUGUACCUUCCCUUUCAGGGUGCCCAUUGGAGACGACUGGUAUUAUCUGAACAUUGACAUGUUCGGUAAAGACCUGGACCUGGCUCGGCAGCAGUUCUUGUGCCACCUGCAGCGCCACACUGCCACCCUGAAUGGUCACGUGAUGUGCCAGAUGUUCCUGGACCCACCACUCUGGAAGCCCAUGGCAGAAUUCUGCCACAACAACUUGAGCCUGGAGCUAGUGAAGGAGUACACCGAGCAAUGCGUGGUGGAGUCAGAUGUCAUCUAGUUACAGAAGGUGGAUGGAAAGGGUUAGAAGAUGAAGGAGCCAGAAUGGAUAGAAGACAAGGGUCUAAACAACAAGGAAUGGACACAACUCAUUUACACUUAGCAGAAAAACACAACCCUCUGUAUUGAGGAGAUAGAAAUCAAGCAAACAAAAUGUCGUUUCUACAAAACAAAACAACUUAGAUAACAUACGAAUGCAGUAAGUUAGAUUUAACAAUACACAAACAAAUAUAGGGCGUGGAUAUAAAAUCAUGAACACAUCAUGUAAUCAGCUGCAAUAGUUGAUAAAUAGUACAUUUCUAAAGUUUCUAAUAUUCAAUUGGUGUCAACUUUACUGUCAUUUUAAGUACCAUUUCUAAUGCUGUCAUUUUAAGACGUAAUAUUAAUAUUAAUUGCCCCCAGUAUACAUAAAUCCAGAAGUUUUGGACCUCAUCCAUAGCGGACAAAACAUAACCAAACCCAAAUGUUCACAAAUUAAAUUUAAAAAGAGACCCAAUCCAAAAGGGGUUCAAUUGCCAGUCAGCACAUUCAAGAUGGUUCACAACUGAUCAAUGGUGCAAAUUUGUGGGUCAGAAUUUGACCUUUGUCUGAAAGCCACAGCAAGUGAAUCCAGAGUCCUGCAAAUUUUAGCCAGAAAAUAAAAAAUAAACACUACAAACUAUAUCCUCAAAAGUGACCAUAGAGUUGAAUUAUCACCUUAUUAGCUUGGCUUGAAUUUAGGUUUUAUCACAAUGAUUACAAGUGUUUGUGAUUUAUGUCCACCUUCUGUAUUUUGUAUGACAUGGAAGGGUGUAAUAGGAGUGAUGAACUUGGGGGGAGCUUUCUCACACCGGUAGCAGUGAUGUAACCUAAAACCUAAAACAACAUGCAAAUGCUAUUCUUUGAAGAAAAGAUUUAAAUACCCUUAGGACAUCUCAAACCUUUCAUCUCUGUUCUUUCUGUAAAUAUGAACCUUCUAAAUAUGUACACAAGCUGAGUUGGGUUACUAAAUCUGCACAACUCUGAAGGCACUUUAUUAAAACUACACAGACAGGUUGUGUCUACGUUAGAAUGAAAAGGAAUAGUUCAGGAUCAAAUAGGGGUAAUUUACAGAUCCCAUCACUCUAAUGUUGAUGGGUGCUUCUAUUAACUAGUACUACCUUAGGAACAUCAACAACAAAUCUCUACAGAAACAACAAACAAAGCCUGCUAGUGAAAUGAACAUGCUCAGUCACAAAAUGGCUGACAAUUUAUCCUUCGUUAUGGUCAAGCUUAUGUCUUAGCUUUUGUCUUUUUUGUUUCAAAUCUUUGACUGUAUAUAUAUGUUACUAAUUUAAUAUUUUCACUUAAAUGCUGCAAUAAAAUUUUAACAGAAAUGAUUAACUUCUGAAGCUGUAAGUGAAACCUAUGCUUACUUUUGUAGAUCGCUAGCAUAAUGCCAAACAAAAUGCUAAUGCUUGAAAAUGUUAAAAUGACUACUGUGCAGUUUACUACUGGCUUCAGCUAACGCAGGGAGAAGGAGUAGAAUGAAAGUAACUUUGUUAGAAUUAACAGAGGUACACGUUUUAACCAUCACUAAUAUUAGCGGACAAAAACCUUUUAAAUCGUGUUCCCUGUCACAAAACAAGACCAGUGUUCAGAUAAGGUUCAGUCAUUAAUGCACUAAUCUCUAGUGUUUUGUCUAGACAUGUAUACAAUAUUGUGGGUUAUACCAUGGCCAAGGACAGUACCUACUGGAUUCUGCAUGACUGACACUUGUCCAUUAAAAUCAGGACACCUCAAACAUGUUCCUUCGGCUCAGUUUGUUUCCUAUGUAGUCUAUGAGUUACAUGAAUGGCAAUGUCAGUUGGCACGAGCUCAGACUGAAAUACCUUAACUAUUGGAUUUUCAUGGAAUUUAGUACAGACAUGGUCACCACAGGAUUAAUCCUAAAGACUUUCAUGUGCCACCUGUAGGCCUAGCUUAGGUUUUUACUUAUCUAGUGGAUUGGAAUUACACUUCUGGAUUGGCCCACAAUUUAGUCUGUAAAUUUGAACAUAUUCAUCCUCAGGAUUAAUUGUAAAAAUUUUGAUGGUCAACAUUUCAGUUUGUCUCACACUUUGUUAUAUGACCAAAUACCUGCAAAACUAUUGACAUUCCUAUCAGCCUUAGCUGUAAUUUCUGCUUACUGCUAAUUAGCAAAUGUUAGCAUGCUAACAUACUAAACAAAGAUGGCAAACAUUAUCCUUUUUUUGUGAGUAUGUUAACAUGCUGACAUUAACAUUCAGUUCAAAGCAUUGCUGUGCCUAGCCUUACAAAGCAGCUAGCAUUGCCGCAGAUGUGUUCCUUCGGUAAGUGGCCAUGGUAUAAGCACAAUACCAGACACUGAUGUGUAGCCAUAUACAAAAUAAUGAACUUGGUGGAGGAAAUGACACUCUACUUCACAUUCACUGGCCUCCACCUACCUCUCCACUCUUUUCUAGGACACCUACAUUAUCACCUACAUAUGUGAUUUCUGCUAGAGGCAGGCCCAAAAUGUAACAUUUCUCUCAUGAUUAACUGCCCCUUUCGCAUCCAUAGCACAGCCCACACACUCCCUAAAUCUCCCUUUAAAUGCCCAUAUAGAGGGUGUGAUGCAGGACAAUUUGUCUGAGCCAGACAGGAAUAUCUUUUUGGAAAAAACACAUAAAUAGAACUAUUUUACCUUCCCGUUGCCUUGACCAGCUUUUAUUUUGACUUUGACCACAUUCUUCUUCUUGUAUGCAAUUUUAUAGGUGUGAGGAUGACUGGGCCUAUUUGCUGAAGAAGUAUAAAUGAUGAGUCAAAUCUUUAAAAAGUUUUACAAAAAGGAAAUAAAUGAUUAAACAGACCAGACAGUUUUUAAAAUUAUUAAUAUUUUUGGAAAGACCUAUUAGAGUUGCCAUAAUCCUCAACAUAUUGCAGGGAGUAUAACAAAAUAAGAAGACAACUAUCUUUUUACCCUAUUGUUUGUAACCAAAGAAAGUCACCACUCAUCUAAACUGACGCCCAAUUAUUUGCUGCCACGAGUGAAGAUAUGGAAGGUUGGAAGGCCAUGGGAGUAUUUAUUUUUACGUUUCCUCAUGAUCACAGAAUAUUUUUUGUGAUCUAUUUAUAAAGAUCUUUUUAUAAAAUCGUUUUAUCUUGGCACAGAAUCUUUAUUUUGUGAUAACAUAACCCAAACUGUGUUCUCAUGAUUCUGACAUGAUAAUCAUGUAUAAUCAGCUAACAUAAGGUGGGACACCAUUUAAUUUAAUUUAAAAUGAGCAUGAGCUUACUGCGCAUUGUAUAAUAGUAUUCUUAUACUGGUGUGUGGUAAUUUGAUUGAAGUUUAAUCUUGGGCUUCACAAUAUCAGCUGAAAUAAUGAUGGUCUGAAACAACCACUUCCAGACAGGGCUUCAAGAUUAGGUAGUAAACCAGGACCCACUUUAUAAUGUCAGCUGAUAGUGUGCUGAUAAUGUAGCUCAUAUUCUGGUAUUCCCAUUGUAAUUACUCAAAUGAUCACAAAUGUAUAGCCAUGAAUCUGAGGCUUUUAGGGAUCCAUUGGGGUCCGGGGCCCUGGGGCAGUUUACCUUAAGUCAACUAUAGCUCCAGUAAAAGUCUGUGUAAUAGCCCUAUAAUAUUUGAAAAAGUUUCAUAGUGUGCCUUUGGAAGUGAAUAAGUGGACUAGUUUCAUUAAACAUUUGCUACUGUAAUAAUAAUAAUAGUAUUACUAUUGAAAAAGAUUUGACAGUGGCAGGAAACAGUUGCUUUACAGUAUAGUCCCCUUGUGUUGGCUGAUCAUAGCUCUGCAUCAUACCAUCCGUAUCAUACCAUCCGCAAUGGUAGCAGGCUAAGCAGGGUAGACCAUGCGCACUUCUUGUUAGCCACAUCCUCCAGGUAGUCCUUGGGGGGAUCCCAAGAUAUGCCCCAGUUUGUUGGGAUAUGUAUUCACGUCAGCAUGUUCUGUGUCUACCCUCCCAGUUGGACCAGCUCGGAAACCCUCUGAAGGGAGGUGUCCAGAAGGCAUCCUGAUCAGAUGCCCAAACCAUCUCAACUGGUUCCUUAUGAUGGGAAGGAGCAGUGGUUCCAGUCUUUGACACUUGUAGGUUCCACAAUCUCAUUAUUUUCGUCAUUACCAAUCAUUUAGGGUUGGAAAGUAGAUCAACUGGUAAAUUCAGAGCUUUGACUCGACCAUGACAGUCUGGCACAUGUCCAUUUUACAGUUGGUGCCGCACUCAUUUGUCUGUCGAUCUCACGUUCCAUCUUAUCCUCACUUGUGGCAGUUACUUUCUUUCAAACCAAAGUGAACAGGGACCAUCAUGGUAGUAGAGGAAGGCUGGAACGUAAUCGACCGGUAAAUCCAGUAAAUCAGGCUCAGGUCCCUCUUCGCCAAGACAGCUUGGUAAAGCAUGCACCUGACUGCUGGCACAGCACCAGUCUACUUGUCGAUCCCGCGUUCAAUCUUAUCCUCGUAAACAAGACCCCAAGAUACUUGAACUCAGGUUUCUUGUUGGCAGCUAAUCACUCCAAACUCAGAGUUGGCAAUCCACCAUUUUCUAGUAGAGUGCCAUGACUUCAGAUCUGGAGGUGCUUAAUUAUAGCUGAAUUACCACACAUGAACUUUGCCCAUUUUUGUGUAAUGAUCAUGAGAAGUCAGUUUUGAUGAUUUUGUGAUCACAUAAAAAAAGCUUGUUCGUUUUGAGAACAUGGUUUUCUUGUGCUUUCAAGAAAACAACUACCAACAAUCAUUGAAACCCAUGUGCGUCACUGCCUUCUGUAUGACGUUGAUGUCUUGGAAGAUAAAGAUUUUAAAAGCCUUUAUCCAGUGAUGAAGAAAUGUACAUAUGCAGCCCCUUUCCACCACCCCCUGCCCCCACGCACAGCUGAAUAAUCUUUGUGACAUACUACGUACAAUUAGCUGGAUAUUUUCCUCACAAUCAAAUACACCCUCUGUUACGUUUAACAUGACCGUAACCUUAGUUUUAACAAAGCAAGUAGGGAUAUCUUCAUUAACUUAUUUUUUGUUGUCGUGUCAUAAUAAUAUGUAAUUCAUGUAAAUACUGUACGUCGCACUGUAAAGUCACUGGAGCUUGUGGGAUGCCAGACUUAAUGUUAACACUUGAAUGGCCAAAAACUUAUGAUAGCCUCAUUCUUAGGAAACAAAUAGUGGACAGUCGUGGAUUUAUCUCUUAAAACCUGUCAACCCAUCAUUGAUCACCUCACUUUAAAAAAAUAAUAGAACUUUCUAUUUUCAAUGUUCACUCAAUGUGCCCUGCUGCCACUUCACUUCACUUUUAGCCCUAUGCUAUGCUUCCUUGAGCUCUUCCCUUUCUUUGGGACUUUUAGGGAUCAUUUAUUCAUGGAUUUCUUUCCCAUCUACAAAUCAACAAUCCAUUGUAAAACUUGUUAGUGCUUCAUCUAUCUGAAGGCCUCGGUAUGCUUCAAAUUAAGAAAGUUGUGCUGUGUUUAUACAUGUUACGAAUGGCCACACAUCCUCUUGGAAUCAAUCCACUGCCUCUUAGAUCUCUUUUCAAGAGUUCUGUGUCUUUUGCAUGUCUUUGUAGUCUGGUUGUGAUGAAGCACACAAAUGGGGAUAUCGUUUCACAUCAGUCACAAUCACAUUAUCAGAAGGGUGUUCUAGAAAAGUACUUUGUUUAAAGCAUACUGAGGCCUUACGGUUCAGUUUUGACCCGUAAUACUGGAGUUUUUUUUGUAUCAACAAACUUCUUUUUACCCAUGGAGUUGCUUGGGUCAUGGUGACAUUAAUACAUUGACCUGUUCAGUUUCAGUUUAUUUAAGCUACUAUUUUAAGUUCCAUCAAAAACACACUUUUUGCUUUAACAUGCCUCAUUAACUGAGUUUUAACUUUCAAAACUUGUUUGGCCACCACAUGCACACAAAAGACACAAAAAAGGGAUGAUUGCAUUGUUUGAAUAUUGAUGAAAUGGUUUAUUUGUGUGUAAAGAUGAACAAUUAUUCCUCUGGUACCAUCAGUCUAACAGUUUGGCCUCUAACUCUAUUAACUUACAUGUAUUACCAGACUGUAUUGGAUUAAGAGAAGUUUUAUGAGUAAAAAAUUCUAUAAACUUAAUCCAGUCAUCAUCACUUGACAUCUUUUGGAUGUUUUCAUUAUGACGGAUCAGGAACGUUUGGUCAUUCCAAACUAUUUGGCAUUGGAAUGCAAAUGAAUCUGGUUUCAUUCUGUAUUUCUUUGCCUUGAUAAUAAUCAAAAUUGUUCAUUACAUAUCCAAGUCCUUAAUGUACAUGCUUUCAGCUGGUCAGAAUUCCAUCUAACACCAGUGCCAAAGGUGAAGAAAAAACUGAGUCACUGAGUUCUGCAGAUUGAGAUCAAUCCAACAAAUGUGGUUUGAUGAAUUUCAGUGAUAAUUUAAAAUUUGAUCAAAAAUACUUCUACAUACUGUAUGAAAAAGAAGAGAUCAUUAGAUCUAACGCUUGCUAGUUUCCUACAAUAUUGUUGUGAUUAUUUUUACUUAGCCUGAGGCACUUAACCCCCAGAUUUUGACUGACCCUUCUUAAUUCCUGCCCCUUUCGGAACCUCGGCCAACUUUCUCUUUUCCUUUAUUUAAGAUACCAAAUUUUGAAGAUGGUUCAAAUAUAGUGACAUCAGUGACAAAGAUUAUAUAGUCACAUUUUAAGAAAGCUAAGAUUAACUAAUGAGCGAGCUAAUCUACAUCAAUUCUUAUCUAGCUAAUACGUUUCCAGAUAAUUAGAUAGCUGACGAUAGAUGUAGACUAGCUAACUUUUUAGCUUGCGUUUUUCUAACAUUAACUAGUUAACCUGAUGUGAUUAUAUACAUGUCUCUUUUAUCUUUUAACCAUCUUUCAAAAUGUGGUUGUCUUUCCAACAUAGACAAGCUUAGCACAUAGCAUAUCUAAGCACAGGGAAGGUGAAAGUUGACCAGGGUUCUAAUCAAGGCUUGCUCAACUGGAACAUAGAGCAAAAAGGGGCGAGAGUCCUUGGAUGUGCAUUUUUCAGUACCACUUUCACAUACAGGAUGCUUAUUUAUAAUGUCACUUAUAGAUUCAGUAAAAAAGCUGUUGCUUGACGGAUAAACAUAGGCCAAGAAAGAUCAUGGAUUAAAUCUUUUGAAUACCAUUUUUUACUUUAAAAUCCUACAUUGUAAAGGGUUUAUACAUUGUAACUUUGUUAAUUAAUAAAUAAUUUAUUGAUGCUUUAUAGCUCAGUAAAAAGUACAUUGUGAAAACCCAUUUAGUGUACAGUAUACCAUCUUCUUGCAUAUAUUUAGUAUUUGCACUCUUUAGCACACUUACCAUGUACUUUCUAGAAAGGGACUGAAGAUUUUUAAACUCAGUUUAUUAGCAGAUUUUUAAGCUUUGAUGGCUUCUUAGAAAGUGAGGACUGGGACACACUUCUCUGGGCUGUUAAAAAAGAAAAUGUGCUUGGCCAUGGUCUCUUUUCAGACUUACACUCUUAAGGAUUUUAGGUACUGGGUUUUACAUUUUUAUGUCAAAGGUGGUGGAGCUCUGCUCCGCUUAGCUCUGCAGAGAUGUUUAAAUGUGUCUUUGCGGAGAUAGAGGGUCAUGAGUUUCCCUUUUCCUUCGGGGAAGACAAGUCAACAAGUCUUCCAAACAAAACAAACAAAAGCAAAAUAAGUCAUUUCUCCAGAGUAGUGUCUUCUGAUAUUGAGACCCCACUGGCAGGUUGACAGCAUUUGUCAUUACCCACUGAAACUGUUACAAAUCACUGUAACAAAGAUUAUCCAUCUGACGUUUCCUGAUCUGCCAUCUCUGUGGCUAGAGUUAGCUUUAGGUGCGGAAGCUACUUGGUUAGUGUGGAAAUACAGUGGUUGGGGUUAAAAACAGGUACUAUGUCAAGGUUAGCCUCCAUCAAAAGAAUUUUGAUUCAGAGAAAGUUGGUAGGAAAUGGGAAACCAAUUCAAAUCACUCAAAAAAGACCCUAUGUUACCCCAUCCUUUACCACAACUAACUCCUAAUUCACAUGCUCAAUAGAGGUCCCCACCAGGUAAAAAUAUUUAGAUUAUUUGGAUAUACACCAGCCAAGAGGGCAUUUCACAACCUAAUAAUCCAAAAGUCCUUUGUACAAAUGGUUUAUUACUGCUUUAUAAAUGUUGCUUUAACCAUGAAGCAAACCAUUAGUAAUAACUUCUAAAGCCUGGCACCACUGUCUAAUAAAGUAUCAUUUAGAAUGGGUUUAUCACACGACAUAUGGGCACGCAUCACCAGCAUGUACAAGUCAGGGAUACUAACACAGAGGAUGUAUUUGAUGAUGAGCAAAACAAAAAAGAAGGCUUAGAUUAAAAAAAAAAAAAGGUUAAACAACUUUAAAGAUUGGUUAGAGAGCCCAGUAGUGCCCCCAGAUCCUACUAAUCAGGGAAAGUAUGUCCAGCCAUGAAGUCAGAUGUGUUUCCAGGUUUCCAGAGUGCUGGAUGCCUAUGCUUACUUCAGACUUUGAUAUAAAAUAAUGCACAAAUAUACAAAAUGUGCAGUAGAUACUCUGGAUUUUAUGCAUAGUAUUUCUUCACCGGAUGUGGAAGCAUUGUGUGCUAAAUGUGUGCCAAAUUUCAUGACUGCUAAACAUCUUUGUGUGUCAAUUAGCUUGCAAAAAAUUAUGAAAAAGCAGCAAUUUUCUAGUUUUAAUUGGAGCUUUAGUUGAAAACUUAGUCUAUCUAUGAAUUAAAUGUUUGUCUUUUUUCCUUAAACAGUAGUCCCAUAUAGCACACAAACAAAGGUGAUAUAAUCAGUGGUUGAAUGUGACACUGAAUUGAAUUAUUGAAAGUUUUUUUUGGUUACUUAUAGCACUUUGUUUGAAAAAUGUGAUGAUUGUAUACUUUGUAUACAAGUGAAUAAAAUGCUAACACAUUGUGCUGCAAACCCUGUAAGUAUUACAGGUUUAAGUGUUAUAUUAAUGUAUGUUUUACGGAUUACUGUACAAGCCAUUGAGUUAGUGGGUAAAGCAGCAUGCACUUUAGUUGUCUUUGGCAAUAAUAGAUAAGCUCCCAUCUCCUAGUAGCACCAACUUCAGUGAAAAACAAAUGUUCUUGUCGCAAAUCUUGAAACAAUCAUAGAGUGUCAUGUAAGAUAAGCCUUUCUCUGUCGGUUCAACAAUGUUUCUUCAAAGCUGAACCAUUUCACAGAUGACAUGUAGAACAGUUUGUACAUCAGUAUACAGUGGCAUUGAAAAUAAGACGAUGUUUUGUUCUCAGAAAAGAUUAACAACUUUACGUUUAACACAAUAAGAGGUUGAGAUGGCUGUGUUCUGAAGGAGUAAUGCGGGUUUGGGUUAGUUAAGCCAAGAGAUAAAAAGUAACUAAGUACAUUUAGUAUACUAGUUUUUAAGUAUUUUAUGUGAGUAAUUCAACUUUGUGUGAUCUUAUACUUUUACAUUUCAUAGAAAUAUUGUCCUUUUUACUCCACUCCAUUAACCUGACAGCUGUAGUAACUAGUUUCUUUAAAGACUAACGUUGUUACAUGCAAAAUAUAAAUAAGAUGCACUGCUAGAGUUUAAAAGUAGCCAGUGUGAUACUAGAAAUGUGUAGGCUUCAAAGAUAAUUUUAUUUUAAUAUGCACUCAGUGAUGCAAAUCUUUAUCUCUGUACAUUAAAUCUUUCUCUGUGCUUGAUUUGUAGUGAUUGCUUUAUCAUGGCUUGAUUGGUAAUGCCUUGGACCUCCAGAUGGGGGAACAUGAACAAACCUUCCUCAUUUGUUGUAUUUCAAGUAAAGACAAGUGAUGAGUC